CGGGGCUUUGCAAAACAAUGCUGUGUUUCAUUGCUGAGGAGGACGCGUCAGGGGCUUUCUCUCCCCCCAGUUAUCCCCCAGUUUACCUUCGGACAAGCCUGUAAUGGAUUAGACUAUUCCAGCGCUCCCCGCAACCCUGGACUGGAUUUUAAAACAUUUUUUUAGCUCCUUCUUCCCUCAACCUUCCCCUUUUCCCUCCACUGAAGUCGGCAGGAUGGCUGAAAAGGAGCCCGAGUCGCCUGGAAAACUAAAAACAUUAUUAUAGCCAGAAUUGGCUUUUUCGGAAUAGGGGGCCUAUCCGAACGGACAAAUUCCCUUCACAACUUUCCUCAUUGUGGAUAAUGGAUGGCAGAGAUUUUGGUCCUCCCCGAUCCGUCCACCUACCACCUCCGUUGUUGGCGGGGCUCGCUGUGGAAUCUCACCGACUUGGAGCAGCAGCAGCGGCCGGCAGGAUCCCUCCCUCGCCCGGUCACUUGGGCGCGAGUCAUCCGCCGCCUCUCCACUCCGGAAAAUUUUUGCCAUCGGCCAUUAACCUACAUCCACACCACAACGAUGCCUUCCCAGCAGGCUCCAGUCCCUUCCUGUCAGGUUAUCCCGCCUCCUCCCCGCUGACCUCCGACCCGGCGUACAGAUCGGCCAAUCCCAGCGGUCUGCAGAUGGCUCAGCUCUGGGCGUCACACGCUCACGAAGGUUACCCUCCUCUCCCGAGCAGUCUGUACUCCAGCCCUUACCUUUCCUUGGGGCACCUGGAGCCUCCCUCGCUUCCCCAGCACCCUCUCUACGACUGCCAUAAAGAGGGAUAUUACCUGCCAUCCUCCUUGAGCCAGUCGACUCUCCAUCCUCCGUCGGCCUCCCUGACCGUCCCGUCCAGCUCCACGCCCCCUCAGAGGACGUCCCGGGACGGGGGGAGGGACAGGUCUUAUCGAGGGGAGCGGGAGAGAGAGAGGGAUGGGGAGAGAGAGCGGUCCAGAGAGGAGCAGCGUCCUCACAGUGUCGUGGAUUUGACGCAGGACGGGAGGGGCGAGGAGGAGCGUAGGCCGGCCAGGGACCGGGAACGUGAGAAAGAAAAGGACCGGGACGCAAACAGAGACAGAGAUGGUUGGUCCUUCCAUCCUCACCAGCAGAAGUCACACUCCCAGCCUUCCACAGCGGAGCACAGAUCCAGACUAUCACCUCCACAGGCCUCCUUCCCUCCUGGCGGGGGCGGAGGUGCUGGGAGGUUUCACGGACCAGAAACAGACAGAGGGGGUCAGGAUGAGGAGGGCAGCUCUCGACCUCACCACAACCACAACUCUAACACUAACUCCAACAACUCAAACUCAGACAGACAAAGGAGGAACGAUUCUGUGGCCACAUCAGCUGGGACCCUCCACAUCUCCUACGUCCUCCCUCCCGCUCUGCAGCCCUCCGCUGCCGGGCCACCUUUCCUUUCCACAUCCAGAGAGACUAUCAGAGAACAGCGAGUCAGUGCACCUACAUAUGUGCCUUCUGUGGAGGUUUACGACGAGCGGGCAGGGCCCAUCCAGAUCGCUUCGCAGGCCCGCGAUAACAAACACAGCGACAAACACAGAGACAAAGAACGAGAGCGUGAAAGAGACAGAGAGCAUGAACGGGAGAAGGACAGGGACAGAGAGAGGGAGAGCUACAGGUUUCAUGAGAAAAGCCUCAUGGAGCAUCCUCGACUCUCCCAGUCAAGCGAUUUAAGCAAUCAGAGAGAGGAAGGGUCGGUCAUUUGUUCCAACGGUUCAUUUGGUAAAAGAGGCCAGGAAACACCUUUCUCUUCCAAUCAAUCAAGGUUCAGCCCAGAAACGAGGGAUGUUUCUAAACACUCAAUCCGAUUGGGCAUAGAGCGGACGGGGUCAGAGCCCAAAUGGAACACCAUAAGCCCAUUGGCCAACUAUGCUACAAGCCACAUGGCUGCUCUGGCAGCCCAACACGGACACACACUUUCCUCUCCCCACGGCCAGCCGACACACACACAAAUACCCCAUUCCCCUCACACAUCCCAUCGACCCAACAGCAACUCACAAUCCUCCCACAACCAUUCCCCCCAGACACACUCCUCUCAUGGCCGUGCGAGCGAGGAAGGAGGUCAGAGACGCUACCUUGACCCAUCAGCCCUCUACCGACCCGGGGGCUCACUGGUGGGAGGGUCCGGUGCUGGAGAGCGCAGUGGAGGAGUAGGUUUGGAUUCCACAGAGGUUUCAGCCAUGCAGAGCCUCAUUAAAUACAGCGGAAACUUUGCUGCUGAAGGUCCUGGUUCCUCUCGGCACAUUGCAGACAGCCGAGGGUCUUUUGGUGGUCUGGCUAACAUUGGGAUGGAAGCCGAGAGGGAGAGGGAAAAGGAAAGAGAGCGGGAAAGAGAGAGGGAGCGAGACAGGGAAAGAGUCGCAGUUGCAUCAGGUGGUUCGGGGGCUUUGAGGGUUCCUCCUCAGCUGAAGAGAGAACAGGAGCGGCCAGACAGCGCUCGCUCAUUCGGCCGGGAGGCAGAGGGAGAGGUUCGACACCCUCCAGUUGGUAUUGCUGUAGCUGUGGCCCGACAGAGAGACAGUGGGACCAGCAGUAAACAGAUCAGUGGAACCUCAGACACACAGAGACCCCUGCUGCAACCAGCUAUUAAAGACGAGGAGCGAGGGGAGGACCGAGCUCACCACCGUGAUGACAGACUGCUGGCUGGACGACUGGAGCGUGAGCAGGAAAAAGUGCUCAGAGAGUCCAAGGAGCUGGCCGAGUUUACUCAGAUGCACCCUGCCCCUAUGUCUAGCGGUCUGACACCCAGUAUGAUGACGCCCAGCCUCAUGACCCCCAACCUCAUGGUCACAGGAGGGGCUGCUCUGGCAGGGGCAGGGCGAUGGCCUCCUGACCCCUCAACUCUGACCUCUCACCCAUGGAUGUCCCGACCUGGAGCCCCUCCAGUCUGGCUCUCCAGCUCACCUUACAGCCUUGGUCCCUCCUCACUUCAUCAGACCCUCCCUCCAGGUUACCCACCUCCUCUGCCAGGUUCCAUGCCCCCUCCUUACCAGUUUGCCAGGGACCCACAGUCUGGACAGCUAAUAGUCAUCCCUACUGAACACUUGCCUCACUAUGGAGGUGAUGCACUGGAGCGUGGAGCGCCGGUGUGGUCAGGUGUGUACGGUGCAGGCAGUUCUCUGCAGCAUGCAGCCCAGCUGCAGCUCCUCUCUCAACAGCAAAUGCUUCGGCAGCAGGAGCUGCUCAUGAUCCAGCAGCACACCGUGCAGGUCCUGGAGCUGCAGAGGAAUGCACAGCUAGUUGAGCGUUUAAAGGUCAGCGAGCAUCGGUCAGAGAUGGAAGACAAAGCAGACAAGCGGAACCCUGACCCAAAACCCCGACCUUCCUCCAUAUCGUCCCCGUCUCCCUCACAGAUCUUGCAUCCCCGCAAACUCCCCCCGCCCUCUCGAUCACCGACCCCGUCUACGUCCUCCCUCGCCUCGCUGCCUCCGCUCUCCUCUCCGGUGACCACCCUCAAGUCAGAGGAAGGCGGGCAGAGAUUGCUGUCUCACCUGCCGAAGCCCCUGCCUCACCCACCUCCCCCCUCCUCGGCCUCUCCACCCCUGUCGUCACCACGGCGGCCGAAACAGGAGGUGGCUGAGGAGGGAGAGGUGGGGCAGAGGGUGCAGAGAGACAGGCAGAAGCCGGCAUCUGCGCCCUUUCAAGGCAUCUACUCUGAUCUGCCUCCAGGUUAUCCUUACCAGUCCAUCACUGCCCCUUUUGGCUCAUCAUUCCCCCCUUACCGCAUCCCUGCACCCACACGGGAAAACGCAGAGACUGCCCGAACCCACCGUUCCUGCUCUCCUGCCUCAGCCGCCCCUUUGCCCCCUGCCCACCUUCAUUCAAGGCCUCUGAACUCAGAUGUCAAGCCCCAGAAAGUAGCGCCUGCGAAGACGGAAUCUUUUCUCAAACAGGAGCCUGAUGUGGAGCAGCGUCAGCUCAACAUGACGCCAGAACCGCUCGGUCCUCUUCGGCAGAGCUGCAGCCCUGUCCGAGCCACUGAAGACAAAGAAGAAGACGGGGAAGCCCUGAAGCCCCAGCCUCAACCACUACCUCUACAUGUCCCCAGUCCUCCACCGCAGCAAAGGGAAGGACUGGAAGUCAGGGAGGAAGAGAAACCAGAAGGUCAAAUCAAAAUGGAAGUGUCAUCCUACUCGUGUCAGGCAUCGUACCCCCUGCUCCCUCCACGCGCAGAAGCUGAGCCCAAACCAGAGGUCGUCAAGGAUCCAGAUCAGACACGACACCCAUCAUGCAUCACUGCAGAUUUAGACAGCCAGGAACUGUCUCCGGUGUGUGCGUCACUAGAGGACACUACCAGCGCUGUGUGUGAAUCAGAACAGCCUGAUGCUCAGAUCAAGUCCCAUGCUCCCAGUCAGAAAGAAAGUGUCACUAAACCUCUUAGCUUUCCUCCUUCUGCCCCCAACUCUCCGCUCCCACUCGUCAUCGGUCCGGAGGAUCCCAUGGCAGGUAUGCUAGCCCUGCUGACAGCCAGUGAAAUUUCCCAGAGUCGCUCCAGCACCCCGCCUGCCCCCAUACUUAUACCACAGAUAGAAACCCCUGCUGUGGGUCCACACUGCAGCAGCAGCACAGGGCCUUUAGAGAUGGCGGCACUGGAAGGGAUGGCUCUGCUCAGCCAAAUGGCCCAGCAAGAGAUGGAGAACAUCUGCCAGGAGGAAGAUCUGACGUUAGAGGGUCUAGACUGCCUUCUUGAAGCAAGCAGACAAAUUCUGUUAGAGGCCAUAGAGAAGCAGUCCCACAUUGAUCUGCCGAGAACGCUGGACCCCAACAAGAAGUACAGCUGGAGGCAGAGGAAAGAAGAGCCACUCUACAGUAAAAUGUCUGUGGACAUGCUGGAUGCAGUGGAAGUGGGAUACCGUGUUCGCCUGGCCGAGCUGCAGAAGACAUUUAAGGAGAAGCAGAGAGAGCUGAGCAAGCUGCAGAGGCGCCGAGACAAGCGUGAGCGGCAGCAGCAGGAGGACGAGAGGCGGAGUCUGACCCGACGGGGCAGAGGACGACCCAGGAAGAGGAAACUCUUGGCCACACCUCUCAAACCAGACAGCAGGCCUGGAAAACCGGGUAGGACGGUGCAAUACUCUGAGGACUCUGAAACUGGGGAAGGACAGAAGAAGAAGUUCCGGUUGUCCAGAGAGGAGGAGGAGACGGAGGCGGGGAGCGGAGGAGUGAAAGUGAAGAAAAAGAAAAAGAAGAAGAAAAGCUGGAGUGACCAGGAGCCGUCCACCAGUCAUGCUCUGGAGGUGCUGAAGACGAAACGUGGCCACAUGUGCGAGCAGGAGCAGCUGGCGUCGGACCUCGACAGAGCCCUUUCGCUCUCUCAGCUCGGCUCUCUCUGCGCGUCUCGCAAACUUGCUUCCAACGCAAAGUUAGAGAAGUUGAAGGGAAAGUCUGCUGAGAAUCAAAUGAAGGAGCGAGACAUCCACUCCUCGGGCAAAGGAGGGAAGCACAAGAUAGCCGCCAAGGCUUCUGCAUCAGAGACGGCCCGGAAGGUGAAAGGUCAGAAGAAGACUGCCUUGUUCUCUCGAAUGAGAUCAGAGUUCAGCAGCUGUUCCAACAACUCAGAUUCAGAGGAGCACAAUUCUGCUCAAGGGGGCUGGCCCCCUCUCUCAGGGAUGCGUUCCCACGGCGACGUGACCAGGAAGAGGCGGUCUGCGUCAUCGCCGACCUCCCUGCUGUCCACACAGAAGUCUCAGAAGAAGAAACACAAGCACUUAUCGCUGCUGCUAGAGGAAGCGGGCCUCAGUUCCUCUGACGACUCCUUCGACCAAGAAACCUCUGAGGAUGAGGAGGAAGAAGAGGAGUCUGAUUCGGAUGACGUCGGCUGCGAGGAGAGCGGACUAGGUCUGCUGGCCCGGUUUGCGGCGAGUGCGCUCCCCGUUAGCUCCGCCCCUUUGAACCUCCUCCAUGAUGGCAAACACUGCAGCAGGCAAAGCACUCUGGGUUCGUCUGAGUGUGAGUGGUCAGACUCCGGCUCAGACUUGAGGCUGAGGAAGUUCCCCUCUCUGCUGCAUGGAAAACGCUCCAUCCCAGAGCUGCCCCUUUUGCCCCCGGCAACCCGCCGCAUCGACCAGAGUAGCCCCACUAAGCGAGAUGAAGCGCUGCAGGUCAAACGGAAGCCUCUGCCUAAACCACGCCCCUCGCCUCGGUCGCCACGGAGAUUCAGUUACGACCUCUCCGCCAGCUCCAGCUUCGGAGGCUUCAGCGAGGAUGAGGGUUGGAACCGCAGACGCAGCGAGAGGAUUUUCCUCCACGAUGCCACCACGUCAGCCAAUCAGAUGCCGGUGUCAGCCUCUGCCCCCACCAGUCAGAGCUCCUCCACUGGCUCGGCCCCCUCUCUUACCCCGAAGCCCGCCUCAAGACCCAAACCCACUCCACCCAGCCGAGAAGGGAAAGAUGUGGUCAAACAGAAAAAGAAGCUAAAGGACUCUCCUCUGCCUGUGAGCCCGUCCACCUUAUGCAGUCCGAUCACAGACAGCCCUCCAGCUCUGAGCCUCAGCCCAGUGCGCAAGAGCCAACCAAAAGCCAAGGCCAAAGCCAGAGAGCAUUCCAGGGGCGCGGUGAGUCGGCUGAUGGAGAGCAUGGCGGCAGAUGAAGACUUUGAGCCCAACCAAGACAGCAGCUUCAGCGAAGACGAACUUCUCCCAGCGCGAAGCAACAGCGUUUCAGAGAGGUCCUCCACCCCUGCUCCAGUGCAGUGUGUGCUGGAUAAGGAUUCUCUGGUGGACGGACUCAGAGUUUUGAUCCCGAUGGACGACCAACUACUGUACGCAGGACAUGUGAACACUGUACACUCCCCAGACAUAUACAGCGUGGUGGUGGAGGGGGAGAGAGGGAACCGACCGCACAUCUACUGCUUGGAACAACUGCUUCAGGAGGCGAUCAUUGAUGUGAAGCCUCCAUCCGUGCGCUAUCUCCCAGAGGGCACCCGCAUCGCUGCCUACUGGAGCCAGCAGUACCGCUGUCUGUACCCCGGCACUGUUGUCAAUGGAAGUUCAGAUAUUGAUGAGAACGAUGAUCUCAUCACUGUGGAGUUUGACGAUGGCGACACAGGCCGAAUCCCCCUUUCCCACAUCAGACUGCUGCCGCCAGACUACAAGAUCCACUGCGCUGAGCCGUCCCCUGCGUUGCUCGUGGCCAGCUGUUCCAGGAGGAGGGUCCGCAAAUGCAGCAAGGAGGGCAAAGAGGCAGGAACAAAGCCAGAGGAGACCACGCCGAAGAUCAAAGGAAAACCUGGUCGCAAACCAAAGCGCAAACCUGACACUUCCUUAAACCCAGAUGUCCGGGAGAAAACUGAACCUCCACCUUCCUCCACCCAGCCCACAGAGAGACCCCAGGCUCAAGUCAAGCCUGCCCAAGAGAGGCCUUCCUCUGUCCAGAAACCGGCUCAGGAGAAGCCCCGGCCUGCAUCCCGUCCAACAAUGGGAACCCAGACUAAACCAAGCAACAAAAGCUCCACUACGUCCCCGACGAGUAGCCCUACACUUCCCAACCCGGUGCCCAGGAAGAGCAGCUCAGCGCAGCCUCCUGCUCCGAAAGCGUCCCGCCCUCUCCCUUCCUCCCUCUACCCCUCCACCUAUGGAAAGGUCCUGACUGUGGAUCUGUACAGCGAGCCCAACCUCAGCUCAUACAACAGCCAGCGCAGAGAAAAAGAGACAAACAUCACCGUGAGUCCCACCACCAACAGGCCCAUGCCUCGUCCCAGCAUGACGGCUUCAUCUGCCCCACCCAAGCCCAGCGCUUCGUCCACGCCCAGACCCACUCCUGCCUCCUCACCCAAAUCCAAACCCUCUUCGGAGCAUCAUAGCGGCUCCAGGCCCAGCCUCAGCUCUGGACUUCUGCCCAGCCCCAUCUCUAGACCAUCAACGAGCAAAUCUAACUCUUCUCUGACUCCUCGACCUUCAUCAUCGUCAUCUUCGUUGUCGCCAUCGUCUACCCCCAGACCCAAACUGAAGAUGCCAACCAAUCAGUUGUCCUCCAGACCCAGCUCCAUCUCCAGACCCAAACCCAGUCCUGGGCAAACUGAAGUGAGACGAAAGAGUCUGUCUGCAGAGCCCCUUGUGAAGCUCGACCACGAAGGCGUCACCUCACCCAAGACCAAGAAGACCAAAGCUCUGAUGCUGCUACAGGGUCGGGGAGUCAGGCGAGACCACAACCCCAUUACUACGGACACAGACGAUCAGAAACUGGUAAAGACUAAAGUGAGAGCUCCAGAUAGAGAGACUGGUCUGCCGGAGAAGGACUCCGGUUACAAAGCACCGAUACUGGCUAAAGAGAAGACAGAGAGUCGUGGAAAUGGAGGUAGAGGACAGGAGAUGGACACAAGGGAGGAGAAGGGUAAAAAAGAGGAGAGAAAGGAGGCAGAGAAGAGAGAGGAGAGAAAAAUGAAAGAGGAAUCUCAGAGUAGCAGCAGCUCAGAGUCAGAGGAAGAAGGAGAGAAAGGGAAAAUGAAGAAGAAGAAAUGCACCUCAAGCUGCUCCUCCUCCUCUUCAUCCUGUUCUGGUUCCUCCUCGUCUUCCUCCUCAUCAUCAUCUUCAUCCUCCUCUUCAUCCACUGAUGACUCCUCCUGCAGCUCAGAUGAAGAGAGGACUGUUACGCCUCCGCCAGGCCCGGUCCAAAAGCCUCCAGCACAGACUAAACCUAAAGAAAAUGUAAAAGAAGAGGAGGAGGUAAAGAAGGAGGUGGAGGUAAAAGUGGAGGAGGAGGAAAAGCUGUACCCUCCCUCACAGUCUCCCUCCCCUCCGACCUCUCCCACUCCUGCUCCUCCUUCUCCCACUAAACCUCCUAAACCAGCCACUGGAAAGGGCUCCGGGCAGAGAGGACGCCCUCCAAAACCAAAGCCCAGCGGAGGAGAGGGGAAGGCGGGUAGACCAAAGCGGAGAGAGGGGGUCCACCUUCCCACGACUAAGGAGCUGGCUAAACGUCAGAGACUUCCCAGUGUGGAGAACAGGCCCAAAAUUUCUGCUUUCCUUCCAGCCAGACAGCUUUGGAAGUGGUUCGGGAAACCCACUCAGAGACGCGGUAUGAAGGGCAAGGCUAAGAAACUCUUCUAUAAGGCUAUUGUGCGUGGCCGAGAGAUGAUCCGGAUCGGGGACUGUGCCGUGUUCCUGUCCGCCGGCCGACCCAACCUGCCCUUUAUCGGCCGCAUCCAGAGCAUGUGGGAGUCCUGGGGCAGCAACAUGGUGGUCAGGGUCAACUGGUUCUAUCAUCCUGAGGAGACAAACCCCGGCAAGAAACUCACCGACAAGAAGAACUGGGAUCAGAUGUGUGGUCAGUCUUUACCAGCAGCUCUACACUCUUCCAUCCAGAGGAAAGACUUCAUGGAGCGUGCCCUGUACCAGUCGUCCCAUAGCGAUGAGAACGACGUGCAGACGGUCAGCCACAAGUGCCUGGUGGUGAGCGUGGAGGAGUACGAGCAGAUGACCCACACUCGCCGCUACGCCGACAGCGAAGACCUUUACUACCUGGCUGGCACCUAUGAACCCACCACCGGCAUGAUCUUCAACACGGACGGAGUUCCAGUCAUCUGCUGAACGAACUCGGACACUCAGUGGGAGAUGCUGAAACCAAAACACGUCACGACUUACUUUGGACCUCACCAGAAGUCAACCUGUGGUCUAAUCACUGAUUUUCAUUCAUGAUGGAUCCUCUCUGAACCGUGAAUCAAUGAACUGCUCUGACACCGAGAGAAACCAGACUGUCACGAACAGCUACUACUACAGAGACGGGAGACACUACGGACAGUAUUACAAGGAAAAUGUCUCCUGAAACAUUUGCACACACUCAUUAACACAUUCUGUUUUGCUUGUUGUGUUCAUGGGAAAAGUUUCGAAGCAUGCAUGAGCACUUCGGUCUCCUUUUGUAUGUAAAUAUACCCCGCAUAAACGAACAUAUACUCACACAUGCACAAACACAAGUGUAAAUACUCACCCCAUGUAACACGCACCGUUAUAUAGAGGAAAAUCUGAGUGUUUUAUUUUCAUGUAAUAGAUUUAUGUCAGAGUACUUUUUUCUAAUGAGGUAAACAGUCAAGAAGCUUUAAUGAACUGUGAAUGAUAAUAACGAUGGUGAUACAGGAAGAGCGGCCUGUGUCGGUCCGUCCACCCUUCCCUUCCCCCCCCGCUAGCGGCAGAGCGGGCAGACGGACGCGCACACGCCGCCGAGUGUGUGACAUUGUGAUUAUGAUGUUGCCGUGGUGAUGUUACAGUCAUGUAAAUGUAAUCUUACAGAACAGCAGGAGUGACAGACCGACAGAAAACGAGUACAGGAAAGAGAGAGGUAGACUCCUUCCGUUGCUGUCCAAUAAGAGAGAGAGCACUUAAAAACACUUAAAGUCUAUCCUCCUUACUUAACCCCUUCAGUUUCCCCUUGACAAUCCUAGCGCGGGUGAAAGAAAAUUGUCCGUGUGCAACUAAAAUUUCUGACUCCCUUAGAGACUCAGGCUGAAGAGAGAGAGGAAGGAAACUCGUACUAUCAAAAGAACUUAUUUUCAUCUUUGAGUUCCUUGUUUUAAAGGAAAAAUCCACCCCGUGAACACUAUGAAACAAAACGAUGGAUUUUCUUUUGCCCGUUUUGCACCAAGUUUGAGAAAUGGAUCCCACUGGAGGAAGAGAGAUUCUCCACACACUGGAAAAAAAUGCUCCUCUCAAAACAAGGAACAAAACUUAUUUCAAGGAAGUUUUAACUUGAAAUAAGUGGGAAAAAAAUCUGCCAAUAGAACAAAUCUUGGUAAGAUUUCUUGAAAUAAGAUAUAUUUAAAAUAUUGAGAGCUUAAAAUUAGCUGGGAAACUUAUUUUAAGCUAUAUUAUACCAAGAUUGUCAAUCUUAGGUGUCCUAAAAUAAGCCAGACAUGUUAGGAAAGGCAGUUUUGCCACUCAAAAGUAGUCUUUUGCUUUCAUGUAAACUCCGAAUUUGAGAUCUAUGAACCCUCCUGUUGUCCUCAUUUACGGGCAACAAAAAACUAUUGUUUCCUUGUGUGAAAUUUAAAAAAAAAAAAAAAUCAGCAAAAAAAUUCCCCAAAUUUCUGAAAAUUUCCAAAACCUUCAGGAAGAAAAGUCCAAUAAUUCCUUAAGUUUCCCAUAAAAGUUCUAUUUUAAAACAAUCCCCCAAAUUUGGCAAGAAAAUUCUUGUAAAUAUUUUCAACAAAUGAGUAAAAAUCUUCCGAAAAAAUCCUAAAAAUAUGUGAAGUGAUUACCUUUAUAUCAGUAAAACUUCUAAUAUUUUCUAAAAUCAACCAAAAUCAGCGAAAUUGAUUUUGGUUGAUUUUUUUUUUUUUUUUGUGAAUGUUCUUAAGAAACAUUUUUAACAUUUCUUUUUUUCGACCAAAAAAUGUUCAGAAAUUUCCCGAAAAUGUGGACAUCAAAAAUUUCACUGUGAAAAUAUAUUUUUUUCCACAUUUUUAAACUUUGAAACGGGUCAGUUGACCCGCAGGACGACACGAGGGUUAAACUUAUUUUGAGUUUUCUUGUAAAAUCCAACUCAAAACAAGAUAAUUCCAACAUUGUUUGAAUUAACAAGAUAUUUAAGAUGCAUUGUCUUAAAACAGGUCCCUCCAUUUUGCUGAAAUGUCACCUGUUAGGUGAAUUUAUCUUAAAUCAAGUGGGAUGAGACAUUUUGACUACAAAUAAGACAAAUAGACUUGGUAAGAUUUUGAGUUUUUGCAGUGCAUCCUCCAGAUGUGAUCCAUUUUUCAAGGCAUUCUAGGAUACUUUUUUGGCCAACAAAAGUAUCCAAUUUGAUCGCAAACUACGUCCCUGAAUGCAACACAGAACACAAGCUGAUGUGUUAUCAGUGUAGGAGUCCCAGUGGGUGGAUUUUUUCUUUUUUGUAAGGUGUUUUUCAGGGUUGUAAACACUGCAGUCAGUCCAAGAUGCAUCAAGGUCGUGGCACUGCUAUUCGCCACGAAGCUGCCAGCGCUGAUUAGAUCAACAUAAUUCAAUUUUAACACUCGACGUCCGCGCUUCGACUCUUUCUGCUCAUUCCAUCUGCAGUGUUUGCAACCUCUAAAUGUCCUGCGUUUGAUGUGCUUUGCUUUUCUUUUUGCUUCUGCUGUUUUAUGGAUGUUCAUCUCGACCCUCUAGGAUCACAUUUGCCCUCCAAGCAAUCACCUUUUUGACAUGAGUGCACUUUGAAUGAGCUCCACCGCAGAGGAGACCGUCACUGGGAGUCGUAGAAGUCUUCCUAGAGUAUUUACAGACUCCCCCUCUGCACACCGGUGACGCGCCCUUCACCUUUUAGACACAGAUUAAGACACGACCACGUCCCUCGCAACACAUUUGUCUUUUCUUUUGGUUCUUUUAGCUGCUUGUGAGUUGUUUCUACGUGCCUAUUUUAAUGGUUUUUAAGGGGAGACUGUUGAAUGUCGAGCUCAGGAUUGUGAGCGUUUCGGGCGGCCUUACCCUCCCAGGCCUUAUGAUGAUGACGAUGACACGCCAAAUCUUUCUUCAGUGUCGCCCGUUUACUCCUUCCAUUAUCUGUACGUGCAGAGAAAUAAUCUGAUGUUGUCCAGGAAACGUCUUUGUGAGUUAUAGUUUAAACAACCUGUUGUUCCUGAGCUCGUAGAAUACUCGGUUACAUUAUUGUGUAUAGAGUUUGUAUCAAAUAUAUCAGUAUAUAGUAUACUGUGUGUGUGUGUAAAUGCAUACACAUCAGUAUAUGGUAUACAGUAUAUAUAUAUGUGUUUAUUAACCACGUUGCCCUCUUUGCUUUUCUCUGCUUUGCUGCAGAGAUGGAAGAUUGUCUUGUUGAUAUUCAAUAGGUUUAAUAUUUUCUACUCUCUUGAGAUCUUUUGGUUUUGUCUACAUUUGUCUUAUAGGCUAUGUCAUGCUGUUUUGUUUUUUUCCUCACUCUGAGAUGGCUGCAUGGUGUCUGGAGGACAAAUGUAAGACGUUAUUGUGGCAUUUUCUUUUUAAAUGAUAAAAAACAGUCACCAUUACAGUAGCAUUUCAGUAUUUAUGUAAUUCAGACACGAUAGCCAUCUAGUAAUGGAACGUUCGAUAUUUGCUGCUAGUCUAUUAGUCUUUAAAGUUGUAACCAGGUACAAAGUGACUCCAAUUUUAUCUGCUAACGCCCCACCUGCUCCCCAACAUGCUGCUCUCACGUCGGCUGAUACCUAAAGUUCAAAAGUUGUGAGCGACAGGCGUCCAAAGUGGAUCUCCGGUUGGUAUCUGAGCCACGGGAGCAUCGCGGAUACACCAGUGUUUGCAGAGUAACAAGUUAAAGUGCCCGUUUAUGAAUGUUUGUUUACCCCCGGAGCUCCUAAGCACUUUUUUUUUCCUGUGUGUGUGUGAGCAGUAGAGGUAAGGAGACUGAUAACACAUCACACUCUUAUCUCCUGUUAUUACCACGUGUACACACACGCACGCACACACACACAACUGCACACAUAUAGACACCCUUGUAACCCUUUAAGGUGUGUGUUGCUGCCUUCCAAUCUCUUCUUGCCCCCCGUUUCCAUCCAAAGCCCAGCCUUAGGCCUUUGUACAGGGGCCAACACAAACACACACUUACUCCCCACUUUGCCUUCAUUUUCAUUUGGUGUCAUAUAUUUUAAGACUUUGUGUACGUUGUUAUUGUUGUUUAUCACCGUUUGUGUUUUACUGUAUCUCGUCUUUGACAUUUUUUUUGUCUUUUGGCUGCGAUUAUUUUGCUAAUUUCUGAGGGUUGUUUUGUUGUUGUUUUUUGCAAGUUAAUGUAAUUAUUUCCCCUUGCUUGCCCUCUCUGAACAAUUGUCUAUGCCUCACAAGCAAUACUGCUAACAGGCACUGGGAGCUAGCUGCUAGAGAGAGAGAGGAAUGGGAGAGAGAGCAAAAGAGAGAAUGGGAGAGAGAGAGAGAGAGAGGUGGACUGGAGGCUGGUUCUUCGUCUGCUGUUCCUUCAAUAUCAUUAUUGUCCUGUUACAGAAAAGAAAGAUUAUUUUGAGAGUACAUAGAAAAAUCAUCUAAGUUUUGUAAAUGAUCCUUCACUGUCGAGGGGAGAUAAAGCUAUCAGAAUAUACUUUAUACACGUCUAAUCUUGUAAAAAUGCAAAAAGAGUACAUUUUAGAGAUAAAUCUGAAACCAGAUAUAUUCUGUCACCCUAUACUAUAUGUGUAAGGAACUGUUUUUUUCUUUUUUUUUACAGACAGCAACCACGUUUAUCAGUGUUUCUUUGAAAUUGUUUUAGUAACUCAAUAUUUUAUAGUUAAUCAAUAAACUGAUGAAACUGUAA